UAUGUGCGUACUUGGUUGUUGCUGUGAACACAACGAGCAUAAAGUUGGUCUCGGUUUUAUUUAAAUUAUCUGGUUUAUAGAUUGUUUACACGAGAAACCAGCUAACGCUAGCUAAGUUACACACGCUCUCAUGUAAAGGUAGCAAGCUAACGAUUAGCGGCAGUGGGUUUGUGUCAUUAAUUCUAGAGUUCUUACAUAUUUAAUUAUUCAGACAUUCAUGUGUGUGUAUAUUAGAUACAUACGGGGAUACCAACGUUUUAAUAUAACUUAUAUCGAAUACACCCUUUAAGAUGCUGGUGGCUAACGUUAGCUUAGCUGCUUUCACAGCUUGACAGCAGAUUCUUUAAAUAAAGAAAUAAACAUUCAACCAGUCAGUUCAAACAGGCUUGUAUUUGUGUGUUAUCUUUGCAUAUUUGUGUAGCAGUAAAAUGUAAUAAAUAAGGACAUUAUUUACUUGUGCAAAUGAGAGAGACAGAGAGAGAGAGAGAGAGAGAGAGAGAGAGACUUACAGAGAGACUUACAGAGAGAGAGAGAGAGAGACAGAGUAAAUUAGAACAUUAUGUCCAUGCUCCAGUGGUUUCUACAUCAUCUCGUGUUAGAUUAUUAAAUUGUUGUCUCAGGCUGUGAACUGUUGUUUGGUUGUGAUGGAUUAUUACUCAAUCUGAGGUAAAUCCUGAUCUGCCUCGUCAUUGUGUCAAAGUCUACCUCGUAAUAACAGUAAACUUACACUUUCACACUAUUUACUUGAGGCCCAAUCCUUGAACCUUUGUGGUCUCUCUGGCUUUGGAGGCCACCGGCGCCUCCUGGUUCCUGGCAGGUGAUGAUGUUGCCUCAGGGUUGCAUCAGCCCCCAUCAUCCAGCAUGUGUUCACUGUCUUGCAAUAGUUAUUUCAUCUAGUUCAACGUGAACUAAAUUGGAAAGACAGGUUACAUGUGCUGGAGAAAGAUGAAAUUUGAAGUGUAAAAUUGUGUUAAAAAUCAAAACAAAAUUGACUUAAUUUAGUGUGUCCUCAUUUUCUUCUUCUUCCUCUUAAUACAUGGUGAGAAGUCAUCGUGCAGAAGCAGACAGCCUGUUACACACCAGCCCCUGUGACACUAUAGUUACUGAUUGACGGGACAUGUCCCUCUCUUGCCGUCAGCUCCGGUAGUAAAAGGCUGCGUUGCAGUAAUCUUCUGCUCGUCUGUACAGCGGGACUAAUGGGCGUCACUGAUCAGAGGAGCACGCUUUCACAUUAUGCAACUGUGGGAUUGAGUCUCGAUUAUGUUACGGAGAACGGACACGGCCUAAAAACUCUCUGGAAUGUGUUUGGGGGGGUAGUUUGUGGCCUUCACUGGAAGCUGUUUAUUGACAAGGCGUAGAAAUGCAUUGGAUGAUACAGAAAAUAGCUGAUAUGCCAUUUGAAUCUCUAAGCCCCGGAGAUGCUUUCAAGUUAAGCAUUUUAGGGAGUGUUGAAAAGAGGUCCCUGGAUGCCCCGCGGCGCUCCGUCCUCGGCCGCGCAGUGCUUCCCAAUGGCCGGAAGUUGACCCCGCCCACCAGGAUGACGCUGCGCGAGCAGCUGAGAGACAAGAUCUCGGCGGCUUUCUACCGCCACGGGCUGCUGUGUGCCUCCUACCCAGUACCCAUCAUCCUCUUCACCUCCGCCAGCAUCCUCACCUGCUGCUAUCCGUUAUUGAGGCUUCCCCUGCCUGGGACGGGUCCUGUGGAGUUCACCACAGGGGUGCGAGACUACAGCGUCCCUUCCCAUGAGCCUCAGGGAGACCUCGGAGAACGGCCCGACUGGUACCGAGGUCCUCCGGUCGCCUACAUCCAGCAGGUGUUGGUGAAGGCGGCGGUGUCUCCGUGGGACAGCAGCCUGGUGCCGGUGGACGUGUUUCGGUCGCCGCUCGGUCGAGCCUUCAGCCUGCUGGAGGAGAUACGCAACCACGUCCACUCUGACGGCUCCGGGGUUCGCAGUCUGGAGACGCUGUGUCUCCAGGUGACGGACCUGUUUCCGGGCUUACGGCGGAUGCAGUCGGUGCUGCCCGAGCACGGCUGCCUGCUCGUUUCUCCCGGCAACUACUGGCAGAACCAGCGGGAGCUGUUCGACUUGGACCCGGACCUCCUCAAGACCAUCCAGAAACAUGAGCCCAAAGGCCUGCACACCUCGGCCACGCUGCGAGACCUGCUGUUCGGCGUCCCUGGGAAGUACACCGGGGUCAGUCACUACAACAGGAAGAGGGUGGUGACGUACACCAUCACCGUGGUGCUGUCCAGCUACGAUGCGAGGUUCCUGGGCAGCCUGCGGUCCCGUCUGAAGCAGCUCCACCCGUCAGCCAACUGCAGCCUGAGAGACGACCACAUGGUCCACGUCCACUUCAAGGAGGAGAUCGGCAUCGCCGAGCUCAUCCCCCUCGUCACCACAUACAUCAUCCUUUUCGCCUACAUCUACUUCUCCACACGUAAGAUUGACAUGGUGAAGUCAAAGUGGGGUCUGGCUCUGGCUGCUGUGGUCACCGUCCUCAGCUCCCUGCUCAUGUCCGUGGGACUGUGCACGCUGUUUGGACUGACACCCACGCUCAACGGAGGGGAGAUUUUUCCUUACCUGGUGGUGGUGAUCGGCCUGGAGAACGUCUUGGUCCUCACCAAGUCCGUGGUGUCCACCCCCGUCGACCUCGAGGUCAAACUUCGCAUCGCUCAGGGUCUUAGUAAUGAGAGCUGGUCUAUCAUGAAGAACAUGGCCACUGAACUGUGCAUCGUCCUCAUUGGAUAUUUCACUCUGGUGCCGGCUAUCCAGGAGUUCUGUCUGUUCGCUGUGGUCGGGCUGGUGUCUGACUUCUUCCUGCAGAUGUUCUUCUUCACCACAGUGCUAUCUAUAGACAUCCGACGCAUGGAGCUGGCUGAUUUGAACCGCCGCCUGCCGGCCGAAGCAGGUCUGCCGCCACCGAAGCCUGGCCUGCUGCGUACACGAGAGGUCCCCCCUCCCCCGCGGCCCUCCCCCCACACGAUCACCCUGCAGACCCCGGCCUUCAGGAACCUCCGGCUCCCCAAGAGGCUGCGUGUGGUGUACUUCCUGGCCCGCACGCGCCUGGCUCAGCGCAUCAUCAUGGUCGGAACGGUGAUCUGGAUCGGCAUCCUCGUCUACACCGACCCAGCCGGAAUACGCACCUACCUGGCUGCACAGGUGUCGGAGCAAAGCCCUCUGGGAGAUCCCGGAGGAGGCAGCCUGCCCCCUCACCUUGGGGUGGCGCCUGUCUUUCAUGGGGGCGAUCCUACCAGCACCCUCAGAGUCCACCCACCACCAGAUCCGACUCCCUUACCUGAGAACCAGUCACAGGGCCACCAUGGCGCCGCCAGGGCGGGGCCCCUCCCCCAGGCUCCGCCCCCCGCCGUGCCCCAGAUCACCUGGGGAGCGGAGGACGAGGAGGGCUGGAGGAGGCUCUCCUUCAGGCACUGGCCGUCGCUCUUCAGCUACUACAACAUCACUUUAGCCAAGAGGUACAUCAGCAUCCUGCCCGUCAUCCCCGUCACUGUUCACCUGAGCCCUCAAGAGGCCAUUGAGACGCGUCACCCUCAGGACACCAGACACCCCCCGCCAUCCAUUCCCAAAGUCUCUGCAGAUCUACAGACGGACCUCACGCUCUACAAGGUGGCAGCUCUGGGCCUGGCGGCGGGCGUCUUGUUGGUUCUGCUGCUUUUCUGUCUCUACCGGGUGCUCUGCCCACGAAACUACGGCCAGAACGGCGUCGUUCACGGCCGCCGGCGCCGAGGAGACCUGCCCUGCGACGAUUACGGCUACUCGCCACCCGUCAGCGAGAUCUCACCGCUGCUGCUGAGGGGCCACAGUAUGGACAUCGAGUGUUUGGCCAGUGACGGGAUGCUGCUGGCCAGCUGUUGCCUUGCAGGACAGAUUCGGGUUUGGGACACUCAGACCGGCGACUGUCUGACUGUCAUCCCAAACGACGGGCUCAGGCGGAGCAGCAGCAGCAGCGGCUGCUGGGAGCAGCGGGACGGCGCGGACUCUGAGUGUUUCGGCCCCGAAGCUCUCGGCCCCUCCGUCAGCUGCGACGGACUGUCGGAGGAGGAGGGCUACCCGCUGAGACGGCGCACUGCUCCCGCCUGGCCGACUCUAUUCAACGACCAGCCCGAUCUCACCCCGCUCAUCGACACCAACUUUGCCUCCCAGCCCCCCUCCCACCUCUGCACCCCACCCAGGCACGGUUUUGACUUUGGCGGCCUGGUGGAGCGCGCCUACAUGGAGCACGAGCCCCCCUCGCCGGCCGCCUACCCGUCCCCUUCCUCUGCCUCCUCCUCGCCGCCCACAGGGGCUCAGCUCCAGAGAAGACCCAGCUUAGGGGACGCAGCCGCCUUCUUAGCCCAAGACAGAGCCUCCACGGCGGGGACGCAGGCGACGGCAGACGGGGAGAGCUCUGUGUGGGCCAUGGAGCUGAGAGGAAACCUGAUAGCUGCUGGGAGGAGCAGCGGUAAACUGGAGUUGUGGGAUGCAGUCGAAGGGUCGUUACGCUGCAUUAAUGAAGACGCAGUGUCUGGGAUCACAGCUCUAGCCUUCCUCAACAACAGAAUCGUAGCGGCUCGGCUGAACGGGUCUCUAGACUUCUUUACUGUUGAGAUGAACAAACCUCUGGGUCUCCUGCAAUACAGAGGUGCCCCUGGGCGAGGCAGCAUGCCUCCCUCUCCCUGUUACAGCAGCGAAGAUGUGAUCAGCUGCCAGCUCACGCGCUCGGUUCAGUGCGCUCACCAGAAGCCGAUCACUGUGCUGCGGGCGGCUGCCGGGAGGGUCGUCACCGGGAGCCAGGACCACACUGUCCGGGUUUAUCGUCUAGAGGACUCGUGUUGCCUCUUCACUCUGCAGGGUCACUCUGGAGGGAUCACAGCCAUCUACAUAGACCAGACGAUGGUUCUGGCGAGUGGUGGGCAAGACGGCGCCAUCUGCCUGUGGGACGUCCUGACAGGGAGUCGCGUCAGCCAUGUUUACGGUCACCGUGGCGAUGUCACGUCGCUCGUCUGCACCACCUCGUGUGUCAUCAGCUCGGGACUGGAUGACCUCAUCUGUAUCUGGGACCGCAGCACCGGGAUCAAGCUCUACUCCAUACAGCAGGAGGCGGGUUGUGGGGCCAGUCUGGGAGUGAUCUCCGAGUCUCUCCUGGUGACGGGGGGCCAGGGCUGCGUCUCCUUCUGGGACCUGAACUUCGGCGACCUGCUGCAGACGGUCUACCUCGGCCAGAGCAGCGACGGACAGGGUGUCCGGCAGCUGCUCGUGCUCGACAACGCCGCCAUCAUCUGUGACUUUGGCAGCGAACUCAGCCUGGUGUACGUUCCCUCUGUGCUGGAAAAACUAGACUGAGGAGAGACGGACGGCGGUUGUUAAUGUCGGUGGGAACAAAAAAAAACAUGCACUCAGAACAUCCUUUACCCAUUCAUCCUUUCGUCUUUCCCUUCUUUCCCUUCUUUUGUUGUUUCUGACACCCAAAGGAGACACGAUGACUAGACCGGUUUCCCUCUGCAUAGGAAGCUCUCUUUUUUUUGUGUGGAUGUUUUAAGUACACGCCUGGAUGUAAUGAGGAAACAAAGAGCUGAGGACUGAUUGUGCAACCUGGAGGAAGGUGACGUACUUUUGAUACCGAAUUGUGGACAUUUUACGAGGGUCCUGAGGUCCGUUCAAGAGAAGCUGGAUGUUUCUCACUUAAAGAGGAUCCACCAGUCACCAGUUUGUGCUUUUUAUUUUUAUUUUUUAAAUGCGUGUUUGUUUUGUGGCUCUGCCCUCUAUGCUGCUUACACGGGUGGGGCUUCACUGUGACCCCACCCGCCCAGAGAGGAAGGUAAAACUUUCUCAUUUUUUAUUUUUUUUUUUUAAAUAUUCCUGCUGCCUCUUUCGCUUGAACAGCAAAGUGCAGCCACAGCGAGCUCAGGAUGAGCUGCGCAGUUAUAGAGUGUGUGUGCGUGUGUGUGUGUGUGCGUGUUCUGGAGACUGAAUGAAUGAAUCAACGCCCUUUUUAUGGCAUAACACUGCUGAGAACAAAAAUAGAUUGGUAAUGCUUGAAGUGUGUGUGUGUGUGUGUGUGUGUGAGUGUGAGUGUGAGUGUGAGAGGGAUAAGUGAUGAUUACUGUGUAAAGUAAACCUCCAUAGGGGGCUGUUUUUAUAUCUAUAAAUCUAUUAUUUAUUAGCGAUACAUUUUUGAAUAACAGUUGGUUUAUGAAUGGCUAAUCCCAGUUUUUAAACAAGACUAUAACAAUGUGGAAAUAAAUGUAAGCUGGUGAUUAUGUGUUGGGCGGGGUUGGUUUUAAAACGAUUGUUUGUGAUAUCGAACUGGAAACACUGAAGUGUUUAUGUUGUGUGGUUUGGGGGGGCCGUAGCAGAAAAGGUUCCUCCUUUGACCCCCCCCCCCCCCCCCCCCUCGGCCUCUGAUUCUGGGGUUACUGAUGCUGUACGAGGGGCCCCCCCGUGUGCUACACCUUCAUUCGGCUACCUCCGUUUUCUAAACUGCUUGAAUUUUGGAUGAGAAUACUGACUUUGUUCUGCACAGGCUGUCGUUAGCUGACGUCAUGUUUACAUUGGCUGUCGUAUUUUUUGAAUAAAUUGUGCCCUUUAGAGAUUUUUUUUUUCUUUUUUAAACAUUGCCGUUUACUGUAACCGGUUCAACUUCAACUGUUUCCAAUCCUGGGUUUUCAUUCUGACCCGUCCAGUACGUCUCGUUGUCGUGUUUGUCUGUAAACCUGCAGCCGCUCGGUGACAAUGUGAAGCAAUAGACAGUCAGUGUGUCUCUUUAUAAAACCUGUCAGUCAGCUAACAAUACACACACAUGUUUUAUUGUGGUCAAUUUGUUUUAGACGGUUUCAUUUUUAGAUUUCUGAGAGAAAUUUAACUUUUGUCAAAUUAAGUAAUUUGUUUAGAGCUAACUGAUGAUUAAUUCAUAUCCUAAAAUCUAAGAACUACAUAGGACCUGAUGUAUGAACAUUAAAACUUUUCUUUAACACUGAAAAAGAAUACAAACGUUGAAUAGAAUUAUCACUGUUUCAUACAAUUAUUUCUCAUUCACUGUCGAUGUGAAACGUUUUGAUAAGUCGUAAAACAUUUCCACAAAACUCUUAAUGAAGCCGAUAAUUAGAGUUCUGAUACCAGUGCUGGAAACGCCUUAAAUUCUGGACCAGGUAUCGGUCGAGUCUGCACUGAUCCGAUAUCAGUCACCGGCUCUUUCACUACACAGGAACAACCCGAUCGGUACAAACUAACACUACACCUCCAUGCUAACGGUGUGAAGAACAGAUGUGCAUCAGAAUCAGCAGUAGAGCUAGCUGCCGUUAGCGGUUGUCUUGCACUGAGGAACAUUAUGUUCAGACUCUUAUUACUUCGCACUUUUUAAUUUCUACUGAUAAAGUCCAAAUGUGAUCUCGUAACACUGGCGCGCAACAGCGUACGAUACAUAAUACGCAGUAAUAAACGGCAUCAGAAGAACUCACGAGACGCUUGUGGAAACGGCUUCCUGAGGUUUCACGAUAAUAAUUUGUCUAAUUGGCUCAUUAAGCUAUUAUUAGAAUCAGUUCUAUAUUUACGGCUGAUGAAUUACUGGUUUGUACCUCAAAUCUGUUGAAUACUUUGAUAAAGUAAUUAAACUAACAAGUCAAUAGUGGGACGUUUUAUCCCGUACCAGUCGGUGUUUUUAACUUCUAACUGAAAGAAUGUAAUGCUUCAGGUUCAAGACUCGUCCCCAAACACCAUCACACAGAAUGUAUUGUCUCUCAAUCAUCCAUCUACUGGAUGUAGUGUCGAACAAAUCCAUAAAUAAAUACAGCGACUAAAUAUCCUGUUAAAGUAUCGCAACACUAACUCAAUGCACUGCUGACCCCCUGACGCUCAAACAGGAAGUGUGGACUCGACUUGACUCGGUAACCCGAGUUAGUUCCACACCUGCCGCGUGUCGAGGUUACAGAGUCACAGGUGUGGUUUCACUUCAGUGGCAUCGUCUCCUUUAAGAA